AUGGGAUACUACGAUAUUGACGAUAUCUUGGCUGAUGCGGCCAAGUUCCCGUGCAGAUUCAAUUAUGCUGUACCCGGACUAGGUUACUUAGAGGGCAAUGUGGGUGAGGAGAUCAAAAAAAACGCGAAAGUGGAGUUACCGCUGUGGUUAGCUCGCAUCCUAGCAAUAGUGGGCGGGGAUGAAGAAGCGGACCCGGAUUCUGAAGGCGCUUUGCCUUUUGUCGAAUUACUGGCCCCAGAGAUACUUUCGUCGCGUGUUAUGAAUGCCAUCAAGUCCAGUCCUGUAGCCCUGGAUGUGCACUCGAUUAAUGCACAUUUUUACGCGCUUGCUGUCAAAUGGGCUACAUUAUUUGAUGACCGUGAGCUAGUUCGUGUACUCAACUACAUGCUUUUGGAACGCACAAGAGAAAUCCACAAUCACGCUGCCAGUGGCACGCUGGGCGGUGCACCUAGCACUUUUAUGUUAACGUUAGACGAGUUUGAAAAGAAGCUUUACCGCGAUACACACAGCGGCUGUAAGGAAACUCGGCACUGGAUUGUACGAAAAUAG